UUGAAAUCCUCUUUCGGAAAAGGCGAGACAUUCGGUCACUCGCUCAAAGUAAGAGGAAGAGGCGGCCGAUUCCUUCGAGAGAAAAAGAGAGGCCCCCGAACCCAUGAGAAUUGCGUGAGAGGAGAAACCCGAACGAGGAUUUAGGAAGGUGGUGACCCGUUUAGCUGAGAAGCCUCGGGGAUAUUUAGCUUUUUUUUUAUGUUUAUUUAGUUGUUCAGCUUGACACGUUUGCCUCAUCUCAACGGUGAAAAAUGAUUAUCGAUCAUCCAGAACUAUUGAAGCAGUGGUUAACGGGCUUCUUAGCGCCUCUGUGUGAUGCUGACCCAGAAGCCUUAGCCAAAUACUGCCUUGCUUUAGUUCGUAAGGACCGCCCCAUUUCAGAGCUGAAGGCUGGCAUGAUUGAGCAGCUCGAUGUUUUUCUUCAGAGCAAUACCAAGUCAUUCGUUGAUAAGUUUUUACAAGUAACUACCACACGGUCCAUAUAUACCAAAGAGCUCCAGUUCAUCACUGUCGUCGUCUACAGGGCCUUUUUCGACAGACCCAUCCUCUCCUAGUCUGAAUAAUAAUAGUGACUCUGGCCCGCCGCCAUUACCCCCGACCCCAGUUUCAAAGCAGUCAUCUGGGCACUCUCCUGAUUCAACCACCCCCCCAAACGCAGUUCCUCCACCUGCUACCUCCUCAUCUACAGGCAUGCAGCCUGCCCCACCUCCACCACCCCCAAGUUCUGCUGCUGCCCCU